UUCCCUUCAUUCUGAUGAGUGGAAUGAAAUGUUUCCCACCUCCUUCCCUGUUGAACCACCUUGCAUGUCCCCACUGACUGAGUAUAUUUCCCUUCAUUCUGAUGAGUGGAAUGAAAUGUUUCCCACCUCCUUCCCUGUUGAACCACCUUGCAUGUCCCCACUGACUGAGUAUAUUUCCCUUCAUUCUGAUGAGUGGAAUGAAAUGUUUCCCACCUCCUUCCCUGUUGAACCACCUUGCAUGUCCCCACUGACUGAGUAUAUUUCCCUUCUUUCUGAUGAGUGGAAUGAAAUGUUUCCCACCUCCUUCCCUGUUGAACCACCUUGCAUGUCCCCACUGACUGAGUAUAUUUCCCUUCUUUCUGAUGAGUGGAAUGAAACGUUUCCCACCUCCUUCCCUGUUGAACCACCUUGCAUGUCCCCACUGACUGAGUAUAUUUCCCUUCAUUCUGAUGAGUGGAAUGAAAUGUUUCCCACCUCCUUCCCUGUUGAACCACCUUGCAUGUCCCCACUGACUGAGUAUAUUUCCCUUCUUUCUGAUGAGUGGAAUGAAAUGUUUCCCACCUCCUUCCCUGUUGAACCACCUUGCAUGUCCCCACUGACUGAGUAUAUUUCCCUCUUUCUGAUGAGUGGAAUGAAAUGUUUCCCACUUCCAUCCCCAUCGAACCACCUUGCAUGUUACUGUUGACUUCCCCUUUUCCUGACGUA